AUUUUAAUUGGGUCGAUGACAUGUAAUUAUCUUCUUGUUAAAAUAGGCUUCGAGCGAAACAAACUUGUAACACGUCUCUUCUUCUUCUUCGCAGCGCUUCCUCUCAAACUCGCAGAGUAGUGCAGAUAAUUAGACCUAGCCAAUGCCAAUGGGAGGAGGAUUCAGAGUUUUGCAUCUGGUGAGGCCAUUCUUGCCUUUUCUCCCAGAGGUGCAGAGUGCCGACAGGAAGAUUCCGUUCAGAGAGAAAGUCAUCUACACAGUCAUCUCCCUCUUCAUCUUCCUCGUCUGCAGCCAGCUUCCUCUCUACGGUAUCCACGCCACCACCGGCGCUGAUCCCUUGUACUGGAUGCGUGUCAUUCUCGCCUCCAACCGUGGUACCGUCAUGGAGCUUGGUAUCACCCCCAUCGUCACUUCUGGUCUCGUUAUGCAGCUCUUGGCUGGGUCUAAGAUCAUUGAGGUUGACAACAAUGUCCGCGAGGAUCGUGCUCUCUUGAAUGGUGCUCAGAAGCUUCUUGGGAUUUUGAUUGCUAUUGGUGAAGCUGUUGCGUAUGUUCUUUCUGGAAUGUACGGUCCUGUUGGUCAGCUUGGCGUUGGAAACUCUAUUCUCAUCAUCCUCCAGCUUUUCUUUGCUGGUAUCAUCGUUAUCUGCCUUGACGAGCUUCUUCAGAAGGGUUAUGGGCUAGGCUCUGGGAUCUCUCUUUUCAUAGCUACCAAUAUCUGUGAAAGCAUUAUCUGGAAAUCAUUUAGUCCCACAACAAUCAACACUGGCCGUGGAGCUGAGUUCGAAGGUGCUGUCAUCGCCUUGUUCCAUAUGCUGAUUACUAAAUCCAAUAAGGUUGCUGCGCUCAGACAGGCUUUCUACAGGCAAAACCUUCCGAACGUUACCAACUUGCUUGCUACAGUCUUGAUUUUUCUGAUCGUUAUCUACUUCCAAGGGUUCCGUGUUGUGUUGCCCGUGAGAUCAAAGAGUGCCCGUGGCCAACAGGGUUCUUACCCUAUCAAACUGUUCUACACCUCCAACAUGCCGAUCAUUCUCCAGUCUGCUCUCGUCUCAAACCUCUACUUCAUCUCUCAGCUUCUCUACAGGAAGUUCAGUGGAAAUUUCUUUGUGAACCUAUUGGGACAGUGGAAAGAGUCAGAGUACAGUGGACAGUCUAUACCAGUUAGUGGUCUUGCUUACUUAAUCACAGCUCCAGCAAGCUUCGCCGAGAUGGCAGCUCAUCCAUUCCAUGCUCUGUUCUAUAUCGUCUUCAUGCUCACCGCUUGUGCCCUCUUCUCAAAGACUUGGAUUGAAGUCUCCGGGUCUUCUGCUAGAGAUGUAGCUAAGCAGCUCAAGGAACAACAAAUGGUGAUGCCGGGACACAGAGAGUCGAACUUGCAGAAGGAGCUGAACCGUUAUAUCCCGACCGCAGCUGCUUUUGGAGGAGUUUGCAUAGGUGCACUCACUGUUUUGGCUGAUUUCAUGGGAGCCAUUGGGUCGGGGACUGGAAUCUUGCUAGCUGUGACAAUCAUAUAUCAGUAUUUCGAAACCUUUGAGAAGGAAAAAGCGAGCGAGCUUGGUUUCUUUGGCUUCUAAAUGUAUCAGUGUCUUAUAAAAGGGUAAAUUUUGAUGAGACUAGUCAGGAACUCGUAUGUGUCCAACUCUAAAGGUGCAAUAGACGAUCAAACUGGUAGAUACUUUUUGAUUAACCAACAGAUUUACCUCCAUUAGUGUAUUAAGAUCUGUGUUAUUUUUUC